AUGUCUGGCUUUCCCAUAUACACCGACGGAGCGGAGAUGAUGGACGCUUUAAUCUGGCGUCGCCAAUCUUGCUCAGAUAUCAUGGGCCCGAACGCAACCAUAUUGGAAGAGGAUCUUCCAUUUCUAGAUGGCAGGGUAAACGGGACCGUAUAUUUCAACGAAUAUCCAACGAUUCUGUUCCCGGAUCCCACCGGCGGAGACUCAUGUUGGAGGAUUUUUUGUGGUUUCUCACAGUCUACGGCCAACGAUUAUCAACCUUGCCUCGAAGACGCACAGCUGGGACUCGUCGAGGUUUCCUUAGAUACAUUUGUAGAGAUCAAGGAUGUCUAUUGUGAGUAA